UGGAAACCCAGAUGGGCAGUCUCUGGUCUUAAAAGGGGUGGAUCCAGAGACCUGCAUGAUUGUGUUCAAGAACCACUGGUCUCAGGUAAACGCCAGCACUAAAUCAAGACCCCUGCAGCUUAAAGCACAACUAAUCCCUCCAAGCGUAUCUGGUGUCAAAUGUAAUAAAACCACAGUGGAAUUCAGCUUAAUUUAUCUGUGAGCCUCACAAAGGGUCAGACCCCACACGCUGACACACCAAUGCAGACAUUAAAGCAGCUGACACUUAGUUACCAACACACUUUUCUAACCCCUUUGUGUCUGGCCAGUGUCAUUCUGUGUAAUGUUUGUUCAUCUCAGUGUGGGAGGAGUAGUAGAGGCCUCACUGGCUGCCAGGACCCACAGGAGUGAACAGGGACACAUGCUGCUGCAAAGAGCCAAACGUCUGAGACAGGCGGCCUCCCCACUGCCAAUGUUCCACUGGCCAUAAGUGCAGUUUGGUGCUGCGGGGAACAGCUCUGGAGUCAGUUUCUACUGUCGGUGAGGUAGUAAAGAAGAAUUUGCACAGUUUGUGCAGCAGAAAGGCUGUUUUUAACUUCAUCAGCUGAAGGAGGAAUGUUAGUUAAUCACGUGCACAUACGAGCAGGGUUUUGUAGUGUCACAACUUGCAUAUUGGACCACUCACAAAAAGUGUGAUGUAGAAGCUUUAAACCUUCAGGACACAAACACUGAGAGUGACAUUUUCAGUGAAUGGUGUCAUCUUGUAUCCAGUAGCUAAACUUUUUGGUUCUAUCUAGUUUUGUUGGAAUAAAUGAAUUAUACAUGCAUUGUGCUGGGUGUAUCUGUUAUUGUGGUUGGUGAAUUCAGAUUGAUGUAGAAGAACUGUGCUGUAAGUGAGCCUAUUGUUUUGAAUACAAACCUGUUGUAGUGGGUAGCAAACUUUAGCAGGCUUGUCAGUAGAGUCCAGACCAGUGACAGACUUGGCACUGAACAUGAUGGUAAGCUAACCAUCGUAGCUGUUUUUUUACUCCUGCAAAAUGUCUGUCUGGGAUUUGUGUUUUUAAUAUUUUUACGGUUUCACUUAUUUCUUCAUAAGUCCCGGCCUGACUAUGAAUGAGAACUCCCUGUUCAGAUUAAAGCUUGUUUCGCUUUAGGCAAACUGGCAGCACAAUUUCACUCCUGCAGAGUCUUAUUUCCACGCUCCGCUUAUCUGUCGAGCGAUAAGAGUGCUCUUGACUUUGGUUUCAGUUCGGAAAACCUUGAAAUGCGAGUAAGAUGUCGUAAGUAGUAUUGGCCUUGUCCCUCUGUAAGAAGCUCUGACUGUUUCAUUGGCAGAUUAGGUUUAUGUUCAUUUGCUGUGUCUUAUCUGCCGCUCUCCAGGCCUCACUGAGCUCAUUGUGUUUGUUGUGACAUGCAAAGUGAUCGUUCCGUUGCUGUGGCUGCCAACAAUCUCUUAUGACAGUGAAGAGCCGGAGUGACGAGGAACAUCCUGCCCUGACUCCUUACAUUACAGGUUUACAUUCCACAUUUUAUGAAUGCGUUUCUGUUUAGUGGCGUGGACAGUUCCAUGUGGAAACACCCCCAUCCAGUGUACAUUUAAGAACAUCUUCAGAUGUCAGAGUUCAGUUAAAUUAGACUUGUCGAAGCUCCCGCCCCUCAGGUGAAUUUGCUUUCUGGUGGUUUCAUUUCCUGUUUGGGCUUCUGUCAAAUGGAAUAAAAGCACAUAUAUUAAGCAUGAUAAAAGUUAAAAACAUAUUUUGUUUUUUAUUCAAUCUUUUCAUCCCAAUUCUCAGAAUAAUAUUUGGGAUUAUUUUUGCAAUGUUAACACCUUUUUUAAAAUUGGUAAUUCAGAGCCGGAAUUACCAGAUUCCGGAAUUGACGGAAUCUGACGCUGCAUAUUGUGUUAAUAAUUCACAAGCUAUGCAUCAAAACACUCAUGUGGGCCUGUACUGUAUAAGCUGACUCAUGAUAAAACUCCAAUAGCUUUAAGGAAAGACACCUGCAUCAGCAAAUUUAAGAGUGAUGACAAAGUGUUUUUCUUUUUAAAUGCUAAAUUCUAUAUAUCAGUGUAUUUUAAAGUACAGGUUAGGGUUAAACGGAUGACACACAUUAUGGUAUUUUUGUAAUUUUCCUGACAGAUCAAAACUGAGCUCUCACUUCAGUAAGUGUGUUUUUAUAACCUAUAAUUAUUCUGGGAAGUUUCACUGAAGACGUACUCGGAAGAGUUUAACAGAUUUACACCUGGAAACUCCCCAGUACCAGUCUGAAAGGCUCCACUUGAGCGGAAAGGGCCUUGCUCAAGGGCACCACACUUCUGGUAAUGAGGAUGUGGCAAAUACUGCACUUUCAAUUUCCCUAUUUAGAUUGAUACUGCCAGUUGUGGCUUGUGAUGAUUAAAUCUGAAACAAAGUGCUUAAUUCUAACACUUUCAGAUCCCUGAACUAGAGAUACUAUUCUGGCCCAAGUAACCAAAAAUGAGUGCUUGCUAACAGCUACUUUGCUUAUAAUACACAUAUUCUAGGCCUCAUAGGUCAACCAACCUUUAAGGUUCUCUAUACUGAAUUCAGAGUAAAUCUAUUGCCUCUCAACAGCUCUACAUGGCGCCGGCUGUGACGUCAAAUAGUUGUUUGUUGCUAUAUUAAAGCUCUGACCGACAGCUUAAUCACGUAAGUGUAGCUCCCACCCUCCGGUUCCCCCUCACUUAAACACUGUUAGCUCUGCCAGCACUGUCACUGUAGUUUGCACUGUUAGCGCCGUUAGCGAUGUGCUACCAGCUCAGGCAUCACAAUGUUGAGAGCCUGCGAGAGGCAAUCAAAAUUCUCCCAAGCUUGUGUGCACCUUUAUCCUUGUCUGCAACUGACCUUGAAAGUGUCAGUAAUAAUCUGACAUAUAUGCGUGUGUGUGUGUGUGUGUGUAUAUGUGUGUGUGUGUGUGUGUGUGUGUGUGUGUGUAUAUAUGUAUAUAUAUAUAUAUAUAUUGUCAGAGAGCUUGAACUGGACUGAUCCCACUGGGCCACGGGCCCCAAAGGGCUGUACAAACUCUGUUCUCUUGUUUCCAUCAGCCAUGCUCAGCCCUCUUGUGCACAACCAGUUAUUGUCAUGGCAGCAGUGUCAGGCCGGGGACACUGGCUCCAUUAUUGUGACUCUGGUUUCCACGCAGCCAACACACAAGGGAGGGACUGGAUACACAACGGACUGUUUCACGGUGGUGAAGAUCCUAGAAAAGCAUGAUCCCCUGCGCAGCAGCUCCACCCUGCCCUCCCUCGGUGUCAUCAACCUCGGCGGCGGCUCAAGUGGCGGCCCUCGUUUCGGCACCAUCCCCGGAGACGAGGCGAGCGCGGUGCAGAACUAUGUGGAGCACAUGCUGCUCCUGCUGAUGGAGGAAGAGAGCGGUCAGGUCGGUGCCAUGGGCCCCAUCCUGGAGUUUGUGGUGAUGGAGAACGUGAUGGAGCGUCUCUUCGUGUGGAGCCUCCGCCGGGAGUUCACCGACGACAUGAAGCUGGAGCAGCUGAAGAUGUAUGAGAUGCUGGUGGGCCAGGCGCGCCAGCCCCUGCUGCAUCACAAGCCCAUCCUGCGGCCUCUCAUGAUGCUGCUGUCGUCCUGCUCGGGCACGGCGGCGCCACAGGUCGAAGCCGAGCUGGUGUUGCUGCUCAACCAGCUGUGCUACGUUCUGGCGAAGGACCCCUCAAUCCUGGAGCUGUUUUUCCACACCAGCAAGGACCAGGGAUCCACCAACUUCCUCAUCUUCUCUCUGCUCAUCCCCUUCAUCCACAGGGAGGGCACAGUGGGCCAGCAAGCCAGAGAUGCACUGCUGCUCAUCAUGUCGUUGUCUGCUGAGAACGAGCGAGUGGCCAAACACAUCGCAGAGAAUACUUACUUCUGUCCGGUUCUGGCCACAGGGCUGAGCGGCCUGUACUCGUCUCUGCCCACGAAGCUGGAGGUUCCCAGUGCGGACUGGCACUGCCUGCACAAAGAGGACUGGCUCCAAAUGCCGUCCCUCGUUCAGUUUCUCAACUCGCUGGAGUUCUGCAACGUUGUAAUUCAGGUGGCCCACCCGGAUAUCAGAGACCAGCUGGUUAGCUACAUCUACAACGGAUUCCUCGUGCCUGUCCUAGCACCCGCUCUCCACAAGUUGACCCUGGAAGAGGUGAUGACCACCACAGCAUACCUCGACCUCUUCUUGAGGGCUGUGUCUGAGCCGGCGCUGCUGCAGACUUUCCUCUCCUUCAUCCUCGUGUACCAACAUGAGAGCGUCCACAUUUUAGAUACUCUAGUCAGCCGCAUCAACACGCCUUUCCAGUUGGGCACUGUGUCCCUGGCGCUUUUCCGCACACUCAUUGGCUUAUACUGUGAAGAUGUGAUGCUGCAGCUCAUAUUGAGGUACCUGAUCCCCUGUAAUCACAUGAUGUUGAGUCAGAGGCGUGUUGUUGGGGAGAGGGACUGCUACUCUGUGUCAGCAGCCAAGAUCCUGGCAUUAACGCCGUCCUGCUGCUCCCCCGAUCACAGCCCCCCUCCUCUCCGACAGCUGGACUCCAUCCUCUUUUCCAAAGGUGCAGAGACUCCCAACAACACCAGCGCCACGGAGGAAAGGGAGAGCUUCUUAGAGGAUGACGAUGGCUCCGGUAACUCCUGCACCAUCGGCUCAGAAAUCUACCUGGAUGUCAGUUAUCUUCAUUACCUCUACGACGCCCGCCUGAGCAUCAGCAGCUGCAUUCAGGCCUGCCAGGUUUGGUCAGCCCGGUACGACGGCGAGGACCCCCCUCCUGAGAAAUACCAGCCUGGCGUCCUCGAGGAGCUGGGGCUGAAGAGUAGGCAAACCCAGAUGGCUUUCAAGCGCGUUCCGCAGCCGCUAGCACCUCGGCCCCGCCCUCCGCCGAAUACAGAGCUGCCCUCCAUCACCCAGCUGGAGCUGGAGUGGGACGAUAGCUACGACGCGUGCCCGGUGCAGACCGCUGAGGCUCCUGUGGAGACUAAACGGCUACAGCGGCCUCCUGCGGAGCCCCCAAAGCACAUCCAGGAGAUGAGGAAAACAGCCGUCAUGCUUGUACAAGGUUCAUAUAUUGAGGAAAACGAGUUCCAGGACGACGGCAUGGUAUACGAUCUCGUAGCCAAGAAAGACACCAGAGAUACUGAAAGCAGUAAGCUCAAAUCCAGCGGGUCUGAAUCGAAAACCCAACCGGGAUCCGCAGAAGUUCCCCUAAAAAACGGACUCAGUUUAACACUUCCAACCUCUGUGAUGGCUGAUAAAAAUACCUUGGACACAAAGGCCAAAGGUCAGACAGAUUGUAAUUCCCACCUCCAAAACACCACAGCUGCCAAGUCGGGUGAUGACCUUUUGGCUCAGUAUGAGGAGCUCAUCCGUACGUUGGACACUAAAGCAGGUGGAAAACAGCUCAAGCCUGAUGGAGAGAUGAAGAAGCCCGUCACGCCUGCAGAGGAGGAGGAGGAGGAGGAGGAGAUGGAUUUCACCUCCUUCUCUGCUGAGACACCAGAGCCAGAGAAACUGCAUUCACCCUUUGGGGCCAAGUUUGUCAGCGGAAGUGGCGGAAGAAAGCAGUCGGCGCCUUUCACCGGUCCAUUUGUCAGUGUGCUGAUGUCUCGUCUGGAGAACAUGCAGAGUAACUCGCUUCACGUCAACUUGUUGUUGACGGGCAUCCUGGCCCAGUUGGCGGCCUACCCUCAGCCCCUGUUGCGCUCCUUCCUUCUCAACACCAGCUUGGUCUUUCAGCCGACCGUCCGCUCCCUCUACCAGGUCCUGGCCAUCGUGAAGAACCAGAUAGAAGAGCAGGCUGCCACCAGAAAAGACUUUCCGGAGCUGAUCACUGCCGCCCAACACUGGCUGCUGGCCAGGGAGUCUUCCUUCAUAGCUGCAGACAAAAGCAGAAGCUCCACCCACGGCGAGGCGGGAAGGAUGUCGAAGAGCUCGCCGCCACCGAAACCCAAAGCCAUCUCUCUGGAUCGGACAGAAGUCUUCGCCACCGUCCUCUUCACGGAGUUCCUCAAAGAACUGGCUGCUAUCGCACAAGAGCACUCAAUCUUAUCAUACAUUCCUAUGGAAGAGUGAUCGUGUCCCAGUAGAGUCCAGUUUAACUCUGAAAGACAUAAGACUUAAAGCAAUGGUUUUCUGGUCUUUUUCAGGCACUACUUGAUGAAGAAACCUCUCGAAUCCUAGUUUUAUACAACUAUUUCAAAAAAUCAUAGCACAUUUCUUCCUAAUCAAAGAAAAUCAAUUAGUUUUUCUAGUUCUGUAAAGUUCUGUUUGGCAGCCAAGAAGGAGGGGUGAACUUUGAGCUGUUAGCUGAAGCCUGCACCAGCCGAUAAUGCUCCUAAGAGCGAGCUCCAGGUCCACCAACCAAAGACUGUAGAGAAAAGAUUUGAGCAAAAAACAGCAUUUUUUGAAGCAAUCAUCAGCCACUUAUCUGAACUUCUGAAUGUCGCUGCUCAGUGUGGUUCUGUUAAAUACUCAGGUGGCUUUUCAGAGGGUUGCUGCCUCUUCGCCGUAGGAUUACACACCAUAUUUGCCUCUGCCCCCGUUCAGGGCGAGCCUUUGAAUAACAGCAUUAAAAUGUAAUUUGAAGAUUAACUGUCGGAGCCGACCGGCAGCAAGGCCGACAUCGUCACACAUCCAAACUUCUUAUGCAAACUGCUGCAUGACAACUUUCUUUUGGGCAAAACAGGUGGGUCACUUUUGUCUUUGAACUUUGGUGUUUCCACAUAUCUUUGUGUGUUAGAUGUACAUUUGUUUUGGUGUUUUUCUGUUAAGUCACUGCGGUACCUCAGGAGUCUUUUUAAUGCACGUUCUCUAGGAAGCCUUUGGGUGAAGCGGUUUUUCUACAAUGCACUAGAUUCUCACAUCAAUGGGCUCCACAUCUUCUCCAGACCUGACCUCCAAAAACCAGAAUUGUUCAUGCUUUAUUUAAUUUGCCUUAAUUUAGUGACGCUUUAUGAUGUGUAUAUAUUGUAAGAAAAAAAAGUUCUAAUGACACAGGACACUAUGCAAAUCAAGGAUAUUUUGGGUAUAAUUAGAUAUUUUCAGAAUGGGAAGGGGUAUUUAAGAGUUUCUAUCGCCAUAUAUUUUUUUCACGUGGUUAAGCUAAAGGCUAGUUACGGUUUGUCAUGUUCUAUUUCGGGAUUGUUUAGGGUUUAAUAGUUGUGAUAAGUCUCAUAUCACCGCUAGGAGAGUCGUAGUUUUGCAUCUGUUGGAAAACAUCUCGCAUUGUAACGGUUAACUGUUGGGCAUCGCCUUUAUUUUAGUCCAGGUAUUUCACAUGGUUGUUGAAUUGAGAUAUUACAAGAGAUAUAUUUUGUUAUAGAUCAUGCCUCUGCUGUCUAAAUUAAUUUACCAGGACAGAAGUACUUCAUAAUUAGUGCCUAAAUUAUGAUUUUCGUUCACAUUAUUGCCUGAUUGCGAAUGGAUAUACACAGGGGUGGAUUAUUACAUUAUAUAAGGGUAAAGGAAAGUGUGACGUUCAACAUAUUUUGUUCCGUACCAUUAUUCCUCCACAGAAGACACCGCUUUCAAAAACGGUCUUUGUUUCAAACGAAUUUUCUAGGAGUAAAAAAAAAAAAAAUCCAACACCAUCCAUUCACAACUUGAUAUAAAGAUACAGUCAAUAUAAUGUGUACAUGUACCUGGGAAAUAGAGUUCUAUGUAGAAAAAAUACGUUGGAAAUGAUUAGAACCGUUUAUUCAGAGCUUCAUCAUUACUGCAAUAAUGGACUGCUUCGACAAAAUCUAACAAAGUAUGAAAACUUAUAAAAUGACACUGUUGAUCAUCAUCUCGUAUGUCCAGCUAAUAAGACAAAGAAUUGUGUUUAUCUUCAGUCUUAAAUCUGGAUUGUGUGUUUUUGUUCCUAUUUAAAUCCAUUCAGUGUCUACUUGCAAUAGAUCAUGCAGUGGGGUCUUUUGUGUACUCGUAUUGUUUGUACAACAAUGGUUUGGAAUUGUAUAUUUGUAUCAAUCACAGACAUUUUUCAGAGUGGGUAAAUAAGUAGUUCUCUCUGGUAAAAGAAUGUUGCUGAGCGCUCAGCGUUUUUCACACUACGGCGUUGCUGCAGACACCUCAACCAGCACAGAUUCAUUCAGCACAGCAUAACGAUAUCUGCUUUAGCAGCAUUGUGGCAUGAAGACGGGUAUUAUGACCAAGAUUAUAGACCAGUUUCUGUCUCAGUGGGUUUUUAUUCCAAAGAUUCAACCUUUCUUACAUCAUUCGGCCUCAGUUUUCUGUCCAAGAUCUAAAGGCAUGCCUCUUUCAAUAAAGUCAACUUCUGGUAAAUGAAA